CUUCAUGUCCAACCCAGGCUCACGGCAGUUUGUAAUCUGUUUGAUUUGUGUUCGUGGAGACGAAUUUUCCUUUUUUUCGUGUCACUCAGAACGGACUUUCGAUCUAAUGUAUUUCAAUAGGAAGCAUCUUUCGUGUCUGCACCACGUUUUUUUCUGCCACUCGGAAGCAUUGUUUUUGCUCAUUUGUUAUUCAUUUUUAAACUUUAUGCACUACAUUACUCAACAUUCAACCAGGAGAUUUUAUCCUUGUUUUUAUUGCUUUGUGCUAUGGUCUACUUUUACUGUGUUGAAGACGUCAGCUAAAACUACAUGAUGACCCACCCCCAAUUCUCUUUUAAUGACGUCCUCAUCUUUCUUUCAACACAUAAACACGAAAGUGUGCUUGAUAAUUCAACAAUACGAUGUCAUGACCAUCCGUAUUAUUUUAUUCUCCUUUUAUUAUAUCCCAGUCUCACGGCAGUUCGUGACAUAGUCAUAGUCACGAACUGUAAUCCAUUGAUUCGUGUUCGUGGACACGUAUUUCCCUUCUUUCAAUCUAAUGUAUUUCAAUAGGAAGCGUCUUUCGAGUCCGCUCCACGUUUUUCUUUCUGCCACUCGGAAGCAUUAGGAAAGUAAACUAAAUACUACAGUACCCAUGAGCCUUUUCUACUUUUACUAUGUUGAUGACGUCAGCUAAAACUACCUGUUGACCCACCGCCUAUUCUCUUUUAAUGACGUCCUCAUCUUUCUUUCAACACAUAAACACGAAAGUGUGCUUGAUAAUUCAACAAUACGAUGUCAUGACCAUCCGUUUUAUUUUAUUCUCCUUCUAUUGUGAGGAAGGGGGAUUAGUUGUGGUUAUUGAUUGAAUUAAAAUAAAAAUAAAAAAUCAAUUAAACUAAUUAGUGGACGCCCGCAUUACCCGUGAGCCUCAGCGGAGACGGCUGCUAUGGAGACGGAGCCAGCCCGCUUUGCGAUUGGUUGAUUUCUGCAGGCCGCGAAUUCUCCUUCAUUGCGCUCAAAACCACUUCCCAGAUCCCGUCAAACUUCACCUUCACCCUAUUUAAUCACCUCAUUUCCAAAAACCAAAGGCACUUUUAAGAGCUAACCUCUAUCUAUCUAUCUAUCUAUCUAUCUAUCUAUCUAUCUAUCUAUCUAUCUAUCUAUCUAUCUAUCUAUCUAUCUAUCUCUGUCCAUCUAUAUUUCUAUCCAUCUCUUCAAUAUCUAUCUGUUCUCUAUCUCAAUUUCUCUUUCUCAAUCUUUCUUCUCUUUCUGUUUUUGUCUACUUGUCUGUUAUUUUUCUCUGUCUAUCAGUCUGUCUAUCUGUCUGUCUGUCUGUUGAUAUAAUACCAGGGGGGUCUACAAAAAAGAUUUGUCCAUUUUGUCAGGGUAUUUUAUUUUGUGCACAGAAGAUCUGUUGCCAUUGCAAAAAGGAGCAGCCUCUGAAGCAGCACCUCAAGAAGAGGCUUCAGAGGUUUGAUGACAAGCGAGAGGAAUGGGUGUUUGUUCGUAAGAAGAACCACAACAGUGGUUGAAGCCUUAAUCAUGCUUGAGAAACUCCAUGCCAUUGGAUACAAGCCAGUUCUGCUCCUUGGAAAGCAAAACAAAAAAAAAGAAAAUAAGUGUGAAAUAUUAACCCCUCGCUGCACACUCUCCACCCGUGCCCAGGACUACCUUCAGAGGAUAGGCCCAAUAUAUGAAACCAUUUUUGAUGGUUGGACCAAGGAUAUUAAUGAUGAUCAGCUGAUUUCGCUGCACCUCACACCCUGUGAACCAUUGGAGAACACAAGCAACCGCGAGGUGGUGAGGACCACGCGGGUGGAGCAGACGGGCACUACAGAGGGGGAGAUGGAGCAGACGGGCACUACAGAGGGGGAGAUGGAGCAGACGGGCACUACAGAGGGGGAGAUGGAGCAGACGGGCACUACAGAGGGGGAGAUGGAGCAGACGGGCACUACAGAGGGGGAGAUGGAGCAGACAGGCACUACAGAGGGGGAGAUGGAGCAGACGGGCACUACAGAGGGGGAGAUGGAGCAGACAAGCACUACAGAGGGGGAGAUGGAGCAGAUGAGUACCUCGGAGGGUCAAGCUGUCUUCACAGGGUCAGCCAGGGGCACAGUCACAAGUCCCAAAAAGAAAGUCAGGUGGACUAAGACAUAUGCCUGAGAGGAAAAAGCCACAAAAGAGGCAAAGCAGAAAUGUUGGUUGACUGGGAGCCCUGUCCAGUAUGUGGCAAGGAGUGGGCCCAUUCCUGGCAGCCAAAGGAUUCUCUCCAAAUGACUAAAAAUAAAUAAAAUGUACAAUUGUAAUCCA